AUGGUCCUCGGCCGGCUGAGUGUGGCAAUCCUCUGUCACAUCCUCUCGAGCUGCCACUGUCUUACAUUUUCUCCGGUGAAGCUCUCCAAGGACUCCACGGCAUUGGUCGGGGGUCAAGUCGGGAAUCCUGCUGUCAUUGUAGUCCCAGAGUUGCUUGGGGUCACGGAGGAUGUCAGGAACCAGGCCAGGAGGAUUGCAGAUGAAGGAAACUUCCGUGUUCUCAUCCUGGACCUGCAUCAGGGUCACGUUGGUGACAGAGAUGUGGAUGCCAAUGCCCUUGCAGAGAAGAUCAGCCUGGAAGGUGCGGUCAGCAGAAUCAGUGAGGCAGCAGCAUACUUGAAAUCCGAGAGAUCUCCCAAAGUCGGCAUAGUUGGAUUUUGCAUGGGUGGUGCGAUUACCUUCGCUGGCCUUGCGACUGCUGACGACAUAUGCUGUGGCGUGACCUUUCUCAGCAAUGGGGCGCUUCUCGGAGUCAGUCCUGAGACGCUUGAUGCUGAAGCUCUAGCGGGCAAACCGGUACAAGGCCAUUUUGCCGCUGCCGAUCCAGCAGGGAGCAUUCCCGAUGCAACGACAGCGCAUUUGUUGGAAGAACGCCUGCGAGCUGGCGGGAAUCCAGAUGCAACCGUCUUUGUCUAUGAGGACCUGGGGCAUUCAUUCAUGAACGAAAGCCCGUAUCCAUUCUCUAGCUUUGCGGAGAGGGAAGCUGAGCUCGGAUUACCUGCCUAUGAUCCAGAACAAGCAUCGCUG